AUGCAACAGGAAGGUCAAUUAAGACUACUAACGUUCAAAAUAGAGACUCUGAUGGAGAAAUAUCAUGACCUCCCGCAGGACGCUGAAACCGAAGAGGACCUCACCCUAGAAGAAUUAGACGGGCACAAGGGGAUAAUCGAGGCAGAAUGGAGCGAGUAUUUUCAGAUUUAUGCCAAUCUAGCCGAGUUUCUUCCCCCUGAUCACAAGUAUGUGAACGAAAUGAUCCAUGAACGAGCCACCAGGACAAGACGACAAGCCCUGAUGCUCAUUGCUCGGCUGAAGGGUCAACUGGCAAGGAAAAAGGAUUCAAUUAGCAGCUCAACAGAUCAAAGCCAGGCAAAUCAGCUGAAGCGUCUUGACAUCAAGCCAUUCGAUGGGAAACCGGAGGAAUGGAAGGAGUUCAGUGACCUUUUCUUGUCACUGGUGGGAAAUGUCACGUCAAUUCCACCAGUACAGAAAUUCGUGAGACUUAAGGCAUGCCUGAAAGGUCCAGCAGCAGCUCUCCUCUCUACUUUUCAGGCCAAGGACGAAAACUACGAACAGGCUUGGCAGAAACUCACCAGGAAGUACGAGGACCCUAGACUCGUCGCUCAGUCGCUGUUCAACAGAAUCCUGACGCUGUCGAAAAUCACCCAAGCAACAGAAGAGAACCUCAGCGCCAACGGAGCAGCAGCAUUGGAGACCCUCGAUCAAUUACAAGAUGUGACGGGGUUAAAGACAGACAACAUCACUGAAGAGCUGGUAGCCCAUUUACUGAGGAGAUCUCUUGAUGCAGAGACACUCAAGCAGUGGGAACUAAAGCUGGGAGACUCAAAGGAUUUCCCGAGCCUUAAGGAGUUCGUGGCGUUCAUCGAGGCCUGCGUCAGAGGGAUCAACGCAGGUGAUAAGCUGCUAUCAUCAAAGGAAAUCAACGCAGCCACGAAGAAGUCAGCUCCAACAAAGAAAAGGAGCACCUAUACAGCAGCAACUCACCAGCAGGAAAUUAAGGAGCCAGAAAGACAACUUCCAAGAAACUGCUGUGCCUACUGUCAGGACAAGCAUUUUAUCGCAUCCUGCCAGAAGUUCAUCGAGCUCACCCCAGCGAAGAGAAACGACGUCGUUAUCAACAAGGGGCUGUGCUUCAACUGCUUGGGGCCACACACGAAGGCCAAGUGCACGUCGGACAAGAAGUGCCACAAAUGUAGCAGAUUUCACCACACUCUCAUCCAUGGAGGGAGUUAG